CAACGCCGUUUCUUUUUCUUUCUUCAUUAUCCCCCCGCGACUUCAUCUCCCAAUUCCCAAUCAUGUCCUCAACCUACCUCUUCCAUCCUCCUAUUAUUCUCUGGAUCAAGUUGUAAACCUCCUCUUCAUCAUGGCAGAGUCGAGCGGGAUCGAAUUUGUUUGGUAUAUCGUCUUUGGGACCUCCCUUUCCAUCCUUACUGUCUUCAUGAUCUUCCUCAUCGUUGAUCACUUCAUUGAAUAUGCCAAACGUGCCGAAACCGAGAACGCCUCAGAAGCCUGGUUGCGGAUCUUCCAUACCAUGUCCAAAGCAAACCUCCUCCCAACUUACCCUGUAGCAAUGCCAGAGAUCGGUCCCAAACCGUCAGAAACUUACGAGAUGGCGUUCCUCCUCUCCAAAGUCCUUCUUCCCGACCUGGUGCCAGCUAUCAUGGAUAUGGCUGAGUUCUGGGCUGAUGUUCCUUUGGCAACGAACAUACACGAGAUGCGUGUCACUGAGGAGAACGCGGGAUCGGUCUAUCUCGUGGCUGAGAUUCCAGAAAAUUUCCCACCAAAAGGCCUACGCAGUCUGACCUUCUCUGUCACUUCUCGUGAUCAGGGAUUCACCAACUUCGAGCAGUUUCGUCAUACCUACCAUCAUAGCCACACAUGGUUCGAAGUUGCUGUUCUACCUGAUGACGACGAGAAAGAUACUGACCAAGAAGAGACCAAGUCUCCGCCUCUGGGAAAGUGGAUCAUCACCAACAUCCAUGCAGACAAGGAAUGGGAAACUCAUACUGUCACAUGGAGCUGCAACGACGAAGAUGAAGAGAUUAGCGAAUUCGUGACAAGUCUCCAACCUGGCAGCAAGAUCGCCAUCACCGCAUGGGCAAGAUAUCCUGCUUGGGUCAACAAUGUCAGAAGUGCCAGGAUCGACUGUCAAAUCCCUGCCGUGAGGAAGCUCUGAGAUUAAACUCUACAAAUCACCGCCUGUUUUGCGGAAAUGAUAGAGGUUCAGAAGAGCAAGGCGAACUUUCAGCUUUGCCGUCGACGAAACACGAAUAAUCGACUUGCCCACACGAGCUUUUAAUCGGCUGAGCUGCGGUCUACCAGUCGAAGUUGCUUUGCUAGCCCUACGACUUGACGACCAACGAAUGACGAACAACAAUCCUAUUGUGCUACAUUUCAAUAUCGAUACGCGACAGGGAGAAGGAGAAGACAUAAUGGAAGCUGCCCAUGUCUAUCAUUUUACAGGUGGCUUCAGUGAGAAUGCGGGGCUAAUAAAAGGUGAUCGAGGUGAGGGCUGGAAGGAGUGGACUGUUGACCAGGGCUCAUGGUUCAUACAGUGAUUAAUUGAGUCACCAAUAAAAGUUUUGUCUCUGCUCAGAAAAG